AGCCAUUUUGGCUCAAGCUGGCUUCGGGCGCUGGGCGGGCAGCGUGCCCCCCCGCUGCGGCUCGGGCGAUGGCGACGGUCCGGCCCCUCGAGGGGGAAGCGGUGGCGCUGCUCGCCCCGCUCGUGAAGGCGGCUGCGGCGGGCGCGGCCGAAGGCGGUGGCGGGCGGCGGCAGGUCGCCGCCGCUGUCGCCUCGGCCCUGCGCGCGGGUGCCGCGCUGCUCGCCCCGUGCCAGGCCUCCGAAGUUGGAGGGGGGGGGGGGUGGGGGGGGUGGCGGUGCGCAGUGAAGCAGCUGGGAGGGGCCCACCUGACGGAGAUGGUCAAGGCUGGCCGCGCGGGCGUGCAGCCGCGGCCGUCGGUGGCCAGCCGCGCCUUCCGCGGCUGGGCCCAGCGCGCCGAGUUCGGCGGAGGGCCCCAUGAUGUGCUUGCCACGGCGCGCGAUGCCAGGCGCCGCGGGAGGGGCCGUCGUCGCGGCGCUGGCGACGCUGAGUCGGCGGGGGCGGCGGACGCGGCGGACGCCGCGACCGCUGGCGACCUGGAGGCAGUGAAGGAGCAGCUCGAGGAGGGUCGGGAGGCGAGGGCACCGUUGAAGCCGGUGGAGAAGAAGAAGAAGGGGGAGAUGAAGAAGCUGGUCUUCCAGUGCGCCCCUGGUUACAAGGCCACCGACGAGGUGAAGGCGGUGGCAUCGGCCAUGGGCGAGUCGACCCUGGUGAACACUCGGAUCAACAACGGGGAGACCAAGAUCGACUCCGAAAAGCUCAAGGACGCGAAUGCCCCCAAGGUGGCGGCCCAGCUGGUCACGGAUUGUCGCAAGGUGGAGCGCAGCCACAUGGGCGAUGGCGUUUAUGAUGGCGUCGCGGUCAAGGUCGGCGACGACGACGUGUUCGCGGAGUGCAGCGUCGCGAGCCUCUCUGUCGAUCCCGGGCAAGGGCAGGCGUCUCGAGGCCGGUGCCCCUGGAGGCCGUGCGCAGGAGCGGCUGGCCGCGGCCGUGGCGGCCCAGGCGGCAAUCCUGAGCGGCGAUCUGGCCGAGGGGCUGCGGCUUCUCGAGGCCGAGUGAGUGAGUGAGUGAGUGAGUUAGGCGUGCAGUUGCAUUCUUUUUGUAUAUAUGUCUCGCCUCGGAGGGGGGGGGGCGGCUGAGGGGGUGGCCCUUCCGCCUGCCCAGGCCCGCUGGGGCCGCCCCGUUUAGGUUUCGUAGGGAUUUCCCCUUUUGCCUUGAAGGCCCCGUCUUUAACCUUAACUUUAACACGCAGGAGCACGGCAUAACACAUAUGAGCACGUCCGAGCAUGACCAUGACAUGCACAUUUGUAAACGUACAUCGACACACGUAUACUUGUUCGACCCUGG